GUGCUAUUUCGCCCCUGCACAAGGCAGGCAUAUCGCUCCUUCGGCCAACCUGAGCCCAUGCGAGCGCCGUGCGCCCAUGUGCCGGGGCCGACUCUGGUGGACAGCCGGCAGUUGUUUCGCGCUGUUCUCCGUGUCCCACUUCUUCAUCGGCCAAAUGGCGUUGGAGUCUCCGCCUGAGAGCAGUGCGCUGCGCGUCGACCUCUCCCGGGCGUUGCUCAGCGCCAGAACACGCCGCGGGACCAAUGCCGCGGCCAACGACAGCAACAGCAGCAAUCUGACGGAGUCGAUUGCCACCGUUCCCGCGCGGCUACUCCCUGGCGACGCUAGCACAACCAACACAGCGCCCACCGCAACUUCACAGCCCUUGAACGGGCAAGAAGUGCAUACUACCUCCAGCACAGCCAGAACGGCGGCACCCUCCUCACCUUCACUACCAGUCACGGCGCAAGCUUCACACACCACAGGUUCUAGCACCACCAACACAGCAUCACCCACGCUAGCUUCACAGCCCUUGAACGCGCAAGUUGUGCAUACCACAGCCACUAGCACAACCACCAAUGCAACUCCCACAUCACCUUCACAUCAUUGACGGCACAAGAUUCACGUACCACAGGAGCUAGCACAACCAACGCGGCAUCACCCACAGUAACUUCGCAGCCCUUGAACACGCGAGACGUGCAUACUGCAGCCACUACUUCACUACGAGUAACGGGACAGGAUUCACAUACCACCAGCGUGAGCGCAGCCAGCUCGGCACCAUCCACAGUAACUUCACAGUCCUACACGCGUGACGUGCACACGACUGCCGCUGGCACAACCAGAACAGCAGCCACGUCACCCACAGAGCCAUUGACGAAACAAGAUUCACAUACCACAGCUGGCGCGGCGGGCAUCACGCUGGCACCUCAGCGGCCCCGGAGCAUCAGACCCAGCACCGCCUACGCACGGGGGCUGAACCUGGCAGAGAGCCAAGAGGUGCGCCACCGCUCAAAGUGCUGGGCCAACUGCACCUCCCGCCUGAAGUCGCCGUGGCUGGUUUUGGCCGGCGACACCAACUGGAGGCUGGUCUUCCAGCUGCUGCAGGGCCUUCUGGAGGGCGCGGGUUUGCAGGUGAAGAGCCGUGCCCCAAACCCCACAGACCGCCAGACCCCGGAGGAGGUACAGGCGGCCUGCAUGCGGCCGCCCAACUUUAAGAUCACCUGGCGCGGGGAGCUUUGCUGCCCUCACUACUUCGACGACGACAUCCUCUACAGCUUCGGACCCCGAGAAAUCCGAAUCUCCUUCCGCUUCGUGGCCUGCGCGGAGCAACGGCUGAAGAUCUCCAAGGAGACUCAGCGCUCCCUGGUGGUGGGGUCCCCGCUGCAGCGCUGCUGCCUGCGGCUCAAGAACGAGGAGAUUGACUUCGAGUCGUUUCAGAUUUGCGGUCAAGCCCCCAGGAUCCAGAUGCCGGUGAACCACAAAGCCUACCACAAGCCCCACAUGCUGGUCUUCAACCACGGGCUGUGGCACUUGCCAGAUGGCAACGGGACCUGCAACGCGACCUUCGGGCAUUGCCUAGCUGACAAGCAGGAUCGCCCGAAGGGGCGUCAGGGCCGGCAGAUGGGCAUCGCCUCCGCGCUGGCAGAGAUCCAGGCGGCAGGCAUUUCGGUGCUGUGGGCCAGCAAUCCCUUGGUGGAGCCCGGGCUCCGCGUCUCGCGGAAGCGGGUGAAGGAGGACCUGAGCUGCCAACGGGAGGCGGCCAAAGCCAGCAACGUGUCCGUGCUCGACGUGGUGAGGCUUUUGGAGCCGAAAGCGCUGAACUACUCGCUGAACCGGCACUACUUCAAGGAUGUGCUCGCGGAGCAACUGCUGAAGGAUAUCAUGUCCGAGCUGGGCUGCAGCUGCUAGUUACGAGAGGAGGCAAGCGCAAAACAAAUCUCGGGC